UCCUUCAAAAGCAAAAGCAAAAGCAACGGAAAGCUGAACCUGAAGAAUUUCGUUCUCAUUUUUCUUUUCUCGUUCUCUCACUUUCCGGACAAAAAAGACAAGAUUCCCAAAAUUACGAAAAAGAAAAAGAUAGAGCCGCGAAUCAUCAUCUUCGACCAGAAAGUGAAAGGGGAUUCCUUACCUUCGUGCUGCUCUUGGAUGGGUUCAUUUUCAAAUCUCCUGCUUGAUUUGAUCAUCUUUGUAUCCUGUGUAUCAUCUCAAGUAACAGAAUUUGUGAGCUUAGACUGCGGAGGUUCAUUUAGCUACACAGACAGAGCAACUGGACUUCCAUGGAUUUCCGACGAGGAAAUCAUGAGUUAUGGAAAAUCAGUUCAAGUGCAAAAUCCAAAUGGGAAUUCCAUGCAGUAUCGCAGGCGCAGAGAUUUUCCAAUAGACAGCAAUAAGUACUGCUACAAACUUAGCACCCGAGAGAGACGGCGAUAUCUUGUGCGGGCGACCUUUCAGUAUGGUAGCGCCCUACAAAGUGAAGACACCUACCCUAACUUCCAGCUUUACUUGGAUGCAACAAAAUGGGCAACUGUUACGGUUUUAGAAGCCUCAAGAGUUUAUGUCAAGGAAAUGAUCGUCAGGGCACCCUCUGAUUCUGUUGAUGUGUGCUUAUGUUGUGCAACCACUGGCUCUCCAUUUAUAUCCACUCUAGAGCUGCGCCCCUUAAAUCUUUCAAUGUAUGCAACUGAUUUCGAGGACAGUUUCUUCUUGAAGGUUGCAGCAAGGGUCAACUUCGGGGCUCCAACUAUUGAUGUUAUAAGGUACCCAGAUGAUCCGUAUGAUAGGAUUUGGGAUUCAGAUCUUGACAGAAGGCAAAAUUAUCUGGUGGAUAUGGCUCCUGGCACAGUAAGAAUUAGAACAUCAAAGGAGAUGAACACACAAACAAGAGAAUACCCACCGGUUAAAGUGAUGCAGACAGCAGUUGUGGGGACAAAAGGGAGAGUUACCUACCGGAUGGACCUUGAAGAUUUCCCUGCGACUGCUCGGGCUUACGCGUAUUUUGCUGAGAUUGAAGAGUUGGCAGACAACGAGAGCCGGAAGUUCAGACUGGAGGAACCCUAUAUACCUGACUACAGCAAUGCAGUGGUGAAUAUUGUCGAGAAUGCCAAUGGCAGCUAUACCCUGUAUGAACCCAGCUACAUGAAUGUCACUCUGCCCUUUGUUCUCUCUUUCUCUUUUGUUAAGACCCCAGAUUCUACUCGAGGACCUCUUGUAAAUGCCAUUGAGAUUAGCAAAUACCUACAAAUUGCUCCGACAACUGAGACUCGAGAUGUUGCUCUUCUUAAUGCCUUUCGCUCCAUGGCUGGUGCGAGUGAUUGGGCAAAUGAAGGGGGAGAUCCUUGUGUCCCAACUCCCUGGGAAUGGGUGACUUGCAGCUUAACCACGCCGCCAAGAGUGACAAAAAUUGUGCUAUCAGGGAAGGAUUUGAGAGGCGAAAUACCAUCCCAGCUGAACAAGAUGGAGGGAUUGAAAGAGCUAUGGCUAGAUGGAAACUCCCUCACAGGCCCACUUCCUGACAUGACUAACCUCAUCAAUUUGAAAAUUGUGCAUCUUGAGAACAACAGACUUAAUGGUUCAUUACCAUCAUACUUGGGUACUUUGCCUAUGUUGCGAGAACUGUACAUACAGAACAACUCUUUUACAGGGAAAAUACCUACCCAACUUUUGUCAGGGAAACUGAUCUUCCAUUAUGAAAGUAAUCCAGGACUGAAUAGAGGGACAGGGCAAAAAUUGCGGAUUAAGCUGAUAGUUGGACUUUCUGUUGGGGUAAUUGCACUUGUAUUAUUUGUGGUACUGGCAGUUUUGCUGUUCCUACGGAAUCUCCAUCAGACAAGUGCCGGCAAAGACCUACUUUUGCGAGCCUCAGCUACCUAUUCACCUCCAAGGGCUGGCCAUUUAUUGAAUGAAGGUGUAGCUUACUGUAUUUCCCUCCCUGAUAUUGAGCAAGCCACUCAUCAUUUUUCUAACAAAAUUGGAAAGGGAAGCUUUGGCUCUGUCUACUAUGGCAAGAUGAGAGAUGGAAAAGAGGUUGCAGUCAAGUUAAUGGCUGACUCAUCUACCCAUUUGACCAAACAGUUUAUUACUGAGAUUGUGCAGGUUGCGUUAUUGUCAAGAAUUCAUCAUAGACAUUUGGUUCCUUUGAUUGGAUACUGUGAAGAAGAAAAUCAACGGAUUCUGGUUUAUGAGUAUAUGCACAAGGGAACACUGAGGGAUCACUUACACGGUUCAAUGACUCAGAGGCGAUUGGACUGGUUAGCUCGUCUACAAGUUGCAGAAGAUGCUGCAAAAGGUCUUGAGUACCUGCAUUCUGGGUGCAAUCCUAGUAUAAUUCACAGAGAUGUUAAAACAAGCAAUAUUCUUCUUGACAUCAACAUGAGAGCAAAAGUUUCUGAUUUUGGACUUUCAAGGCAAGCUGAAGAUGACUUGACCCACAUAUCAAGUGUUGCGAGAGGAACUGUCGGAUACCUGGAUCCCGAGUACUAUGCCACUCAACAGUUGACUGAAAAAAGUGAUGUUUAUAGUUUUGGCAUUGUUCUGCUGGAACUAAUAUCUGGGAAAAAGCCUGUUUCAGUAGAAGAUUUUGGAGAUGAAAUGAAUAUUGUUAAUUGGGCAAGAAGCUUGACUAGUAAAGGGGAUGUCGGAAGCAUCAUAGACCCAUGUAUUGCUGGAAAUGUGAAAAUAGAGUCAAUAUGGAGGGUUAUGGAGGUGGCUAUUCAGUGUGUUGAAAUGCAUGGGCAUUCUAGGCCUAGAAUGCAAGAAAUAAUAGUGGCCAUACAAGAUGCUAUCAAAAUUGAAAAAGGAAGUGAUCAAUUACUCAACAAUAAAGCUAUUUCUUCUUCUUCAGCAGGUAGUUCAAAGGCACAAUUUUCUCGAAGAACUCUUUUAACAAGUUUUCUUGAAAUUGAAAGUCCGGAUAUAUCAAAUGGUAGCUUACUCCCUUCUGCAAGAUAGUUUUAUAACACAGUUUACUUCAAUUUUAUGUUUGUAUUUACGUCUCACACUUUUUUUAUACUAGUUCGAUUUAGUAAUAUUGUAUAUUUAUGAUUGCAUUUUUCUUUUAUUUUUUUAUCAUAUUUCUUAUUUUCAUCUUUGUAACAACAAAAUUUUUAUCAUUUA